UAUAGGUAUAGAUGUAUAUCUCCAGGCCCCACUUUAGAACAUCUGGGCUAUGACAAAGUGACAGAUUAAAUCAAUGCUAUCAAGCUAACUGGGAAGCAAUAAAAUUCAACAACUUACCACCAAACAUUAAAACUUUUGCUGGGAAAAAGGCUGGACUGUCUGACUUUUUUCUGCCUUUAACGUCCCACUUUACCUCCAUCCAUCCAUCUCCAUCUUCUAGAUUAGGGCACUGGGUGAUUAAUUUUGGACAUUGUUGCUGCUCGUCAGGACUCAUCCAUGAAAUCUUCCCAACUUCCACAGUCUUGUCUUUGAAAUAAUAAAUGGCAAAUGCCAUUGUGGUAUCGCAGUGCUAAAAAAAAUAAAAUUUUAGGUACCGUAUGUCUUCCCUUCUUCUCCUUUCCUUGAGAACACGACGGACCUUUUUUUUUUUGAGUACAUGACCGUUAACUACGUAACGUGGGCGCCAAUUUCAAAUUGGGCUCCCAUUGGCAGCCAGGUAGGGAGGCGGGGUUAUGGCCGGGAAGUGCAAUGCGCGACCAUACAGUCUGUGCGCGACACUGUGACAGCGCAGCGUGAGCUGAGAAGAAGCGCUCUGAGUUAGCUCAUCAGGGCUAACAUGGCGAAACGUCGUGGACCGUAUAAAAGAUAUUUGGAGGAUGACACAGCAGAGAUUCCAAGGACUACCAAGCACAGAUGGAAAGUAAAAGACAGGGCAGAACUACAGGAUAACACACAAGAUCCCAUGAGUCGGCCUAUUGCUUCCCACAGAGAAGUUAGAGAUGAUGUCAACAGUAGGAGAUCCUCCACAAUUAAGCUUUUGGAUACUGCCUUUCAACAGAAUGAUUAUAAAGAUAACCAAAUCAACACACAGGAACACUGGAGUAACACUUCCAACAGUGAAGAUGAAGAUACUGAACUCAACACUGAGAACCCUACCACAAGCCAAUUGGAUGUGGAAAUUUCAGAGAAUGAGGAAGCCCUGUCACAUUCUGAAGAGGACUUGACUGAUUCUGCCAGUAAUGAAGGUGAAAACCAUGCUGACGAUGAAGACGUGAUGGAGGGGAAUAGUACUAGAGAAAAGACACCUGAAUUUCCAGUGGGCAGUGAAGACCAAGCAGAUGGUGACAAGCCCCUGUAUCCUGGUGCACCUGUUUCAAAGGGAGAAAGUUUACUGAUGCUGAUGUCCUAUGUGCUGCGGAACAAUUUAACCGGCAAAGCACUUACUCAUUUACUGGAACUGUUCAACCUGAUGUUUCCAGGUCUGGUUCCACCCUCACAUUACCUUUUCCACAAAGAAUUUGGAAGUUCAUCACAGUCUGAAGUUCACUUUUAUUGAGAAAAAUGUUUAGCAUACCUUGGCAUUAGUGCAGACUGUCCCUCUCAUUGUACCCUUUGCAACACAGUAUUUGAUGCCAACACAAGUUUAAAAAAGGGUUUCUACUUUAUUGUAAUUCCCCUUCACGCACAGAUUAAACAACUUCUGCAGGAACAUGAUGUCAGUCUUACUGAAAAAAGUAGAUCCUUUGGUGUUUUAACUGACAUACAGUCUGGUGGAGAGUAUCAAAAAAUGUGUGACAGUGGAAUUCUUGGAAAAGAUGAUUUGACUCAUUUGACUCAGCAUUUGGCCAAUUCAGUGCCAGAUAAUUGAACUGGAACCAGAAAUGAGAA